GUAAUGGUUUGGGUUGUUCAAAUAAAAGUUAUUCUACUUGUCAACUAAAUGGACCACAUGAAGCUGAUACCUGUAGUAGUAGUAGUAGUGGUAAUAGUAGUAUAUCAUCAGUCAGUAGUGAAUAUUCUACAGGAGAUUCACCUACUGUUGCUUUACAUACUUCAUCAAGUGUAUCGUCUAGUUCUGUUGGCGAUAAUUCCAUUUCAGAGCAUUCUUCGCGACACGAACUGAACAAUCGAUUAUCAAUGCCUAAAUCUGCCAGGCAGCGUAAUCCAUUAGCGACUUCCUCUGUUUCAAAAUCAGUUAUACGAGAUGAUCAUUGGAAAUCGCACAACAAAAGUUAUCGGUCAUCAAGUCUUUGUAAAGCACAGGAUUCUUGUCGUAGUGCACUUCGAUCUGUGACAAACAUUCACGAGAACUACGGCUCUUUAAAACAUUUGAAUUCUAUCCCUGUUAAAAAAUCCGUAUGGAACACGGACUCCAAUUCUAAAUUUGUACACAAUCUAGCAAACAAAUUUGGUGGUUCAGUACCUUUUGUAGCGAAUCCGGACAUAUCAUACGAACCUGUCCAUCUUCGACCAGUAAGACAACAAUGUUCACGUGUAUAUACAGCAUUUGAUAGUAAUCAAAGAAGACCUCAAGUUCCUUUUGAACCAUCUUUAUAUUUCUAUCCAUCUACAGAACGAAUUCUGUACUCUCAUUCUGUUCAAAGAGCUCCUGUCCACCUUGGUAGUAAUCACGGAGAAAGUGUUUUGUUUUCACCACGAAUUCCUUGUAUUUCAAAGGAUACCUCUGGUUCUUGUCUGAAGACAACAACAUGUGGUGCUUGUGGUGGAAGUGGUCAAGUAGUAGAUAAUUGUAAUGAAACAAAUGCUGCAAGUGGUCGUUUAACUGAGCCUCCACUUAUCCGUCCAAAUAUUGGAUUGAAUCCUUUAUAUCGAAAGGCGUUAUCAUCAGCCAGAAGUAAAGAAUCUCGUUCACGUCCUUUAAGAGCUACACACCCUUGUGAUGAUAACACUUUCUCACAAUCAUCACCAUUAAACUUAUUUGAAAAUGAUGAAAAUGUUUGUAGAAAUGUCAUUUUGAACUCUUUGAAUGCUUCCACUUAUUGUCAUGAUUUGGGACGAAUUGAUCAAUCUGCGAGAUUCGGAUCACCUUCUCGAGUUAAUCAUCAAACUGGUCGUUCAAAACCGAUAAAUUUUUCAAGUUAUGCUCACAAUUCCUCAAUUUAUCCAAAGCAUUCACAUCAUUCAAAUAAGAGUAAUAAUAGUAAUUAUUUUAAGAAAAUAAACAAGACCAGAAAUACAGAUGUAACCUAUUCAUCUGAAGACAGUAAUUCUUCCAGUACACAAAUCGGUGAUAAACAUCAUUCGAGUUCUGAAGGAAGACGUUAUGAUUAUUCGAGGCAGCAGUCGAAGGGCUUUCGAAAAUCAUCAUCAUCCACAUUGUUCCCAGCUUCAUCAGCGUUACAAGAAAUCUUAGAAGCAGCUUCAUCAACCAGUCGAUUAGCACAGAAACUUCGUUGUAGCUUAGAAGAUUUAUGUAAAACUGAAUUGAAAUAAGAGAAUUUCUUUGUUCUACACGUUGAACCAUAUAGUGUAUAGUUGUAUAUAAUAUGUGUUGGUAUUCUUUGUUCAUGAAACUUUAUUGAUUAAUCCUCCUUCAUAAUUACACUGAAUGCACAUUCAGUUUGCUAUGUGCAUACCGUAUGUAGAUAAUAGGAUAAUGUGUACUAUCCAUGAUCAGGAUUGUCACUUGACGUUUUCAGCUUGAUCCCCUUAGUUUUUGUUUAUACUUAUACGUAUAUCGUACGUGCUAGUUUUCAUCAGGAGAUAUCUUGGCUGAUUAAGAAUAAUGUAACCAAUAUUGAAUUGAGUUGUGUUUCUUUCUAUCUUAGUAAAACAAACAAUUGCAUUCUUUAUAAAUAUGUUGUUUCUUGUAAAUAAUGUCAAUAAUGAAUUAUGUAUUUUUCUUAUUUCCCUGAUUAAUAUUACUAUCUUAAUUAUAUUGAUUUUUUAUUCACUGCAUUCUUUCCUAUGUUCUACACUCUUCUUUUUGUACGAAUAAUUUACCUUAUUUGAUCACAAGCUGAAAACAUUAAGCUGUGCAUACGUAUAUAUGUAUAUAUUAUUUGAUAAUUUUAAUUAUUUCUCUGAAGAGCUCAGGAUAAGUUUGCUAAACGAAA